AUGACGCGUCUCCCGGAAUGGAUGACGGACGAAUUUCUGCGCGAAAACGACUGUCCGCUGUUUCACUACGGCUUCGGGGUCACGAUACAGCAGCUUCGCGUAUUCUGCAUCAAACAGCAGAUAUACAAGCCUGACAAGGACAAUGAUGAGAUGGCCAUGUGCGCGUUGCCGGCAUUCGUCGAUGUCCUCUCACGGCUCUGCAGAGCCAAGUUGAGCUGGGUUAGGGUCGGACACCCUCGCUACGUCUUGGCGAUCGCCCUCUACACGAACUUCAAACAAUACAAGCAGAAACGUUCACGGAGCCAAGAAGCAGCGAUAUUUGAGGCGGUGAAGAAAGAGCUCGACUUAUCGCCCAACGCGCAGCCCCUUUGGUACUGGGCUAAAUCGUGCCCUAGAAUGACCAAGACCCCGAAAAUUCCGAAGGCCGUCAUGUUGCAUAAGGCCGUCCUUGGUUAUGAAGACAUCGAUGUAACGGCAGACUUCGAACCGUCGGACGAGGAACUAAAGGCGCACUUCGGAGCCUUGGAUGAAGAGAGCGACUCGGAUGAAGAGAGCGACUCGGAUGAAGAGAGCGGAUCGGACAGCGACAGCGACGUGAUUCACGAUAGCGAUGCGGACGAAGAGAGCGACACAAACACAGCCCGUGCGUAG